AAUAUUUUCAAUCACACCAAACAGGCCUUGCGACUUGCGAGCACCUCUUUCCAUAAACCCUUUUCUUCCAUUCGAUUUUCUACAAAGACCUAAGCUUGACCUGUAACUCGCCUAUGGCCACUGUGGAGCCAAUCCAGAACGGCUCUUCACAAUCACUUGCAUCGGAUAAUGCCGGCGGCGCAGCCGUCACAGAGGAAACUGUUGACGACGCCAUACCGUCAACCGAAGAACCCGAAUCAGAAGGCGCUGCCAUCACCGAAAAGAGAUGGCCCGGUUGGCAAGGUCACUGUUUAAUGGAACUUGCAAUACAGCAGGCAAAGUUAGCUUUGGAUGCCCUUGAAGUUCCUGUUGGCUGUGUAAUUGUUGAGGAUGGGAAGGUUAUAGCCUCAGGCAGGAAUCGAACUACUGAGACAAGAAAUGCUACAAGGCAUGCAGAAAUGGAAGCUAUUGAUGUGCUUCUAGAGCAGUGGCAGAAAAAUGGACUUUCUAUGUCUGAAGUUGCUGAAAAAUUCUCUAACUGCAGUCUUUAUGUUACCUGUGAACCAUGCAUAAUGUGUGCAUCUGCUUUAUCAAUUUUAGGUAUAAAGGAAGUAUUUUAUGGCUGUUCAAAUGAUAAAUUUGGAGGAUGUGGAUCAAUUCUGUCGUUGCAUUUAAGUAACACUAUGUCACUGAAUAAUGAAGUUCCUCCUGGUAAGGGUUUCAAAUGUGCUGGAGGUAUAAUGGCAUCAGAAGCUGUUGUUCUCCUGCGAACAUUCUAUGAGCAGGGAAAUCCCAAUGCUCCAAAGCCUCACAGGCCUGUAGCACGUCAGGCAUGAAGUUAAAUUUGUGUAUCACUAGUUGCUGAUAUGGUUAUCGACCCACAUGCAUGAUAUGGCUAUCUGCCCGAUAUGCAUGAUUACAGUUAUCUUCCCGCUGCAUGCAAAUCGCAGACAAUGCACAUGACCUGGAAUUCUGUGCUACCAUAGCAUUGUCUGUGAGCGCACAAGCUGGUAUUGGAUGUCCAAGACAAGGCUUACCAGUUUGCAAAAUCAACUUUUUUUAUGAUUUAAAAGCUGGUAUUGUAUCAAUAACAAUUGGUUCAAGUACUAAGUAAUUUGUUCCCUUAAUCAGAAGUCGCCACUUCAAACUCUGAAAAUGGAGAAAAUAGAUAACAAAGACUUUUAAGUUAAUUGUGGCAGUCGAGGUGUGUGGUUGAUGUUAAAUGCAGCUGGUGACUAUGUAUGGUGGCUUCCAAUAUGAAUAUGAAUAUUAUAAAAACUUCAAGAGUUACAAUAUGCACAUGCUGUGUUCAUGUGUAGUCUAGCAGUGCUUCUAGCUUUAAUAGAAAAAGACUGAUAAGCUAACUGCGUAACCUCUACACUCCUCUGCAUGCGAAGUUGCUGGCGUGUGUUCUUCAAUGGGUGCUUCCAUGUCUGCAUGAGGUGUAAGCAGGACACUUUCUUAAUUACUAAACACUCAGCUUUGUUCAUUUUGU